AUGAUACGAACAAAAAAGACAUCAUCGGUAGAUAACCAAUAUAUAACCACACAAUUCCUUGACAAAAUGUCACUAUCAUACAACUUUCCAAUAGUAUCAGCCAAGAAUGUAUCAUUCGCAGCAUCACCAACGCAAAUAUUUGAAACAUUUGCACCAUUUGGUCACAUUUAUCAAAUACGACACAAUCCCCAGGAAAAAGGUCAGUAUUUUGUCAUUUAUCACGAUUUACAACUGGCUCAAUUGGCAGCUAAGGAAUUGAAUGGAGUUAAUCUUGAAGGCAGGUAUUUGGUUACUUCGAUAUACGGUGUUGAUAAGACGAAAACACAAUGA